UGGAUCUUCCCGGAUACAGCGAGGACGUAUAUGAAAUAAAGGAAAGAAGAGUUUCACCGGAGAUCCUCACAUUAAAGAAAAAGAAAAAAAAAAAAAAAGAAGAAAAUGCCACGGAGGAAACAAGAAGCGCCCAAGCGCGCCGCAGCCUAUUCUCCCGAGGAGCUGACAGAGCACACCGUGGAGGGUGAGGAAGCAGAAGUGGACGACCUUCCCUCAGCCCCUCAGGAUGACCCUCCAAAGAAAGAUGAGUUUGUGGAGCAAAGUGUAGAGCCUGUCAAGGAUCAGGCAUGUGACCAGCAAUCAGCUGGAGUUGCAGAGCUCUCGGGACAAGAGAUGGACAGUGAGUCACAUGUCAGUGAGACCAGUGACCGGCUCUCAGACUUUGAGAGCCCCUCCAGAAAUGCCGAGGGCAGCUUGGGCACAGCACCUCUGAAUGGUGGCACCAAGACACCUCCCAUAGGCAUGGACACCUUAGAACAAAUGAAGGCUAUCUACUCCAGCUUCCUCACCAGCCCCUUGUGGUCACCAGUAAACUUCAAUUCUACACAGCCACAGGUGCAGCCGCCAGCUCCUGCAGAGAAGCCAACUCGCAGCAAUAGCACUAGUAGCAGUAGUAGCUGCAGCAGUGGUAGCUAUGACUGGCACCAGACUGCAGUAGCAAAGACAUUACAACAGCAUCCUCCCCCAAGCCGUCAUUCUGCUCAGUCUGAGCCCAGCCUCUUUAGUACAGUCCAGCUCCAUAGACAAAACCCAAAACUUUUUGGAUCAAUCUUCACUGGGGCCAGUAAAUUCCGCUGUAAGGGCUGUAGUGCUGCUUAUGACACCUUGGUGGAGCUGACGGUUCACAUGAACGAUACAGGCCACUACCGCGAUGACAACCACGACAAGGCAGGCAGUGGUGCGAAACGCUGGUCUAAACCACGGAAGCGGUCCCUUUUGGAGAUGGAAGGGAAGGAGGAUGCCCAGAAAGUUUUGAAGUGCAUGUAUUGUGGUCACUCCUUUGAAUCUCUCCAGGACCUCAGUGUCCAUAUGAUUAAGACCAAACAUUACCAGAAAGUGCCUCUGAAGGAGCCCAUGGCCCCUGUGGCAGCCAAAAUAAUGUCCUCUAAGAAAAGAGGACUUGUGGGGUUGGACCUCACUGCCUCACUACGUUCUAAAGAAGAAACCUCCAAAGCUAUGCACCCACAGACAGACCUGAGUGAACCCUCGCAGAAACCCUCCUCCAGCCCCUACACCACCACAAAUAACCGCUACGGCCACCAAAAUGGUGGUAGCUAUGCUUGGCAGUUUGAAUCCAACAAGUUCCAAAUUCUUAAGUGUAUGGAGUGUGGCAGUUCCUAUAAUACACUGCAGGAGCUGAGAACCCAUAUGAUGGUGACAGGACACUUUCUGAGGAUGACCAGUACUUUAGGAAAGAGGAUCAAAACGCUUCCUGAGGCCACCUCUCCCAGUCGUGGGAAGGUUGCCACACCUACUGAACAAACGGUCCAGUCUGUCCCACUGGCACCCUCUACUUUCUCUCCUCCCCCUCUUCAGACUACCACAACUCCCCCUGCCAACUCCCCUCCUCUCAAAGAGAUCAAGAAGGAGGAGUUUGAGGAGGAGUGCACUCAAAAAGAGACUGUUGCAAAGGAAAAGCUAGUUGCAGUUUCUGUUGGGAAGGAGGAAGAUUCUGAGAAGGAGGAAAAAUAUGACAUCUCAAAGUAUAACUAUCUUACUGAAGAGGAUCUUAAAGAAAGCCCUAAAGGGGGCUUUGAUAUACUCAAAUCACUGGAAAAUACUGUGACAUCAGCCAUCAACAAGGCUCAGAGUGGGAACCCAAGCUGGGGGGGCUACCCAAGCAUCCAUGCAGCCUAUCAGUUCCCUAGUGCUUUGAAACUCCACCAGGGCAGCAUGGAAAAGAAUUCCCCAAUGAAGUUCUUGUUUAAUGGAGGGGAUCGAGAAUUAUCCAAGAACCAACCCCUUAUUUCUCCACCACUUAGUCAAUCCUCCCCCUUUCCCAGCAACAACUUCCAGGCAAUAGAAGAUUUAGUGAAAAAAGUGACCGAGAAAGUAGCAAAGGUAGAGCAAAGGGUGAAGCAGUUGUCCCCCGAGAGGGAGAACCCCACCUCCCCUUGCAGUAGUGAAGCUGAAGAGUCACAGAAGGGCCGAGAGGCUGACUCGCCUCGGGAGUGGAGGGCAGUCACCCCAGCCAAUAGUGACAGGGGAAGCCUUAGCGACAGAGCAUCCCCAGCAACAGAAUCCAAAAGAGAGAUGGCAGUCAAGUCCCCUCACGCCUCUACACUGAGAUGCAGCACCACCAUUAUUACUGGCCAUACUCCUCCAGAGCAGCCCUUUGUCAACCCUCUAAGUGCUCUUCAGUCAGUAAUGAACAUUCAUUUGGGGAAAGCAGCCAAGCCUUCCUUGCCAAACCAAGAUCCCCUGAGCCUGCUGUCUAGGCUCAGCCAGAGCAUGGCUGAGAGGGCUGCUGUGGCUGCCCCUCCCUCACAAAUCAAAAAGCAGGAAACUGUAGUUGAUAAUAGUUUUGGCCAGCCCAGUGAUGACCAGCCUAUGGACCUCACAAAAGGGAAAAGUGAAAGGGGAGCCUCUGUCGGCUCUGCCCCCCUAACUCCCUCAUCUACAGCCUCUUCCAUCUCUCCUGCUUCUCUUGUUACUCCAGCAAAACUAACAGUGGUCUCACCUUACACAUCCACGAGCCCUCUACAUGAAAAUGCAUUGUCAGAUAUUUCAGACAUGCUUAGGAACCUGACACAGUCCCACCAUGUCCCAAAGCCGCCCCCACGGUCCAGGGUCACAGAUAAAGCUGAGGUUGUGGGGUCCACUCAUGACGAUGACGAGGCGUCCCUGCAUGGCCACAAGCGUAAAGGCCGUCACUCCAACUGGAACCCCCAGCACCUCCUCCUUCUGCAGGCCCAGUUUGCCUCAAGCCUGAGGCAGACGUCAGAAGGAAAGUAUAUCAUUAAUGACCUCAGCCCACAGGAAAGAAUGCACGUAUCUCGUUUCACAGGUCUCUCUAUGACCACCAUCAGCCACUGGCUGGCUAACGUUAAGUACCAGCUAAGGAGAACGGGCAGAACCAAGUUCCUAAAGAACCUUGACUCAGGUCAGCCCACCUUCUUCUGUAGUGACUGUGCCUCGCAGAUCCGGACUCCAGCAGCUUAUGUGUGUCACCUGGAAGCCCACCUAGGCUUCAGAAUCAAGGACUUGGCCAAGCUGUAUCACAAACAGACUGUGAGGGACCCCCAAUGUCUCACUGAGAAACUGGUGCCCUUGGAGUCCCUCCUUUCCCCACAGUCACAGGAUGACUGCAGUAGUAACGGGGCAGUGUACCGCUGCCAGCUCUGUGUCCGUAAAUUUGCCACCAAGCACGCCAUCAAGCUUCACCUCAGCAAGAGCCAUGGAAAGUCUCCAGAGGACCAUCUGCUAUAUGUGUGUGAACUAGAGAAGCACUGAAUUACUCUCAGCAGUCAACAUACAUGUAGAGUUCAUAUGUAGAAUUAAUGAAAAAAAAAAAACAGAGUAUAUGAAAAGUGUGUUAAUGCACAAAGAUGCCAUGAACUACUGUUAAAAAUGUCAGCACAAAGUGUUUACAUCUAUUCGGCCUACAAACAUUUCUGACUUAUCUGUUUCAAAAGACACUUAUUUCACAUCAAAAUAUGUGGUAAGACAAAGAUUUCCUGCCCCAACUGUUGUCAGCUUUGUUGUCUCCCUCACUUAGUGUACAACCAUGUGAGACAAUGGAGGACAGGUUCAUUACCACAGUGAAUCUCUUGACUGUAAGGUCAGCUAGUAACUUGAAAUGUAUUAACUAUCGUAUUUAUUUUGUAUUUUUGUGAGUUUGGUUUUGAUUUGCUGGUAGACUGCAUGUACAACACGUUUAACUGUUAUGUUUGUGCAGUCCUUUCCUGUCCUGUUCAGAUUUUAAAUUGGUCUCUGGUUAUUUUUCAACACGUUAAAAACAGCCAAAUGCCUGGGAAAGCUCCUUUAAAAGAACCUGCCAAACAGCAAAUCUUCUUGUUUUUAUUGUUUUCUCUGUACAGCCUAUUGGUUUUCUCACUGAUUGUAAAAGUUGCCUUGUUCUUUAUCAUUGAGUAAGGGGCACUUAAAAUCCAGGUCUGUGUAAAAAUGUAUAUAUAGUGUAUAAGCGUACUUGCUGUUUAAAUUAUGCAUACUUGGUAUAUUUCCUAAUUUAAGAGGACAAUGACUAUCCACUGGUGCAGAGCCCUUGAAAAAGAUUAAAAGGACACUGUUUUGCACAAUAGUUUUAUAAAUGUUAUUUGAUAAAAAAAAAAAACAAUACAAAUAUGUUAAUGCCUUGUGCUUCUAUGAUUAAAUUGAAAUAACUGCUGCAUAAAACA